CAGGUGCUUGAAAUGAGCCGGGUUUUUGCGACACACUACAGUGGUGUGGUGCGUGUGCAAAACGGUCUUGUCGAAUGGCGUUGAAAGAGAAACAAUUCCUGACGUGUUUUAUUUUCAUUUGGCUUAGCUUUGUUGAAGUUCGUGGUUUUGUGGUAUUUAAUGAGGGAAAAGGUCUUGAUUCAGUGGGCUCUUUUAACAAAAAUGCACGGACAAGCGAGUCAUUUGAUCGAGGGGACGAGAAGCCGAAAUCUGGAGCACAGGUUGGGCGCCUUCUUAUUUGGCAAGACCACGCUUCAGAAUCACAUGGUGGUGAUAGUGUCCGUCUUCCUUCGAGGCUCAGUUCUGGCAGUCAACCUGAUGAGAACGCAUACCAAUCAGAUGAUUCAGGCUGGAUGAAGCUGCAACCUCUUUGGGGACAGGUUUAUGGUCUAAACACCCUUCAUACUUCAAGAGUGGAAGGGCUACUUGGAAUGAAACCCAAGGUGGAUUGUGUUGGAGAUUCAAUGAGGUUGACAAUUCAUGGAAGAGAGGCUCCUUUUGGGUCCAACUUUCUUAUUGACAGAGGAAGCGUCCCACCGCUUCCAUUGUCACAGUUGCCCUCAGAAUGUGGCCAUAGGUUCUUGAGAACUUGGAGAGACUUUGUUUUAAUUAUACCAUAUGAUGGAUGUUACGUAAUGCACGAGAGAGACACUUUUGUUCUUCCCUUACUUUGGUGGGGAUUGCAUGUGAAAAUGUCUUGUUCCUCACUGACCUCGGCAAAAAGUGAGCCAACGGUCUCCUGCUACACUAAUGGCAUGAUUGUGAGGCUGCUUGGAGGAGUCUCUGAGAAACUGAAGAUCAAAGUAAUGAAUGAAUGGCAGCCUCUUCUGAAAGUGUCAGCUAGAUGUGGAUACAGCUUGGUGUCACAUCCAGAAGGUGUGGUCAUCCAUGCCCCAUAUAUGCCAUGCACAGAGCCAAAGGAUGGGAUGUUCACUCUCAGCAUGGCAGUGGAGAGUGAGUUUAAUAUGUCCUGCCCAGCACUGUCGCUUAGUCUUCCUAUAGAUACAACUGAUUUUGUACAUGAAAACGAAAGUAUUUCUAUACCUCAUGCUCUGACUUCAACCACCACAAUUACUACAACUACUAAAACCACUCAGCCAAGACAGACUCCUGCAAGUCGUUCAACAACUUCCACAAGUUCAAUUCAAAAAUUGCCCACUCCUCUCCUCCCUUAUUACAUUCCUGGCCAGCCAGAUUUUAAACCCAUACCUCCUAGAUACCCUCUUCUCCUUUUUCCUCCAAAUAUACCACCAACGAUUCUUCCUCAAGGUCCCAAAAUUGUGGGUCCCCCAACUGCUAUUACCCAGAGGCCACAAGCACCCGUUUACACAAAACGUCCUCAAACUUGGUACCCUAAGCCCAGCUUGGGUCUUCCCUGUGACCCCACUCAUCAAAGUGCAGCUGGGCCACCUUAUCCAAAAAAACCUUUGUUGCAUCCUACCAAGGCUCCUACAGCCCCUAUCGCUCCCUUACUAAAACCCACAGACAGUCCUCAAGAUAAGUUGCCUUUCACCGUGCCCAUUGUCCCUCCUGUGCAGUGGGCACCUAUGUUUCCUCCCAGCAAUAUGGUGUAUCCUUUAUAUCCUGGAAAACCUGAAUUUGUCGCUUCCUCCUCGGCAGUCUUUCCUCAGGUCCCCUACUGGCCUAAUCACUCCCUAAUGAGACCCUCUGAACCACAUGCUUCACCAAAACCAGAGCCUGAACCGCUUACACCUGCCCCUACAAGAAAAACAGGACCACAGCUCCUCCGCUAUCCAUGGUACAAACCCUUCCCACCACGUCGUUCAGAAAUGCCACCUGUCCCCAAAAAUAAUAUGGUUUCCACCUCUGGGGCUGUUGCUUCCAUGUCCGCCACAUAUUCAGAAAGGUCUGAACAAGUUGAAAAGCCACAAGCUUCUGAGCUUCCAUGCGGUACAGUUGUUAAGGGUCCUCCUAUGAACUUACACUUUGAUUUGACUCCAAACACGUAUCCUACCCCUUCACUCCCUAAAUUUCCUAAAGUUGUUCACACUCCUGCCCCAAUAGAGGCUUCCCCAACUCCAAUUAAUUUGUCCCAUGCACAUUCUUUUCACUGUCCAGCUUUCUGCCCUGGACCCCCUUCAAUGUUCUACCACCACCAUAACCAUCACCAUUUUGGUCAUCCUUUUCAAAUGUCUAAUUUUGACAUUUCUAGUACGACUAAAAUUACAGGCCAAAUGCUGUCAUCUAUUAUAUCUCCAGAUUCAAACCUCUUUUCCCUUAUUAAGGGCAAGGGUUAUAAUUAUGGCCCACUUUACACAAAAACAGCUCUACCACCAGCUUCAGAUCAUACGGCAAUGCAAUAUUUGGUGGAGAAUCCCACCAUUAAGAGUACCGAUGCUCCUGAUACUUCAAAGCAUUUUACUGGGCCAACCAUGCGUCCCUACAUUUUUAGGAAGCUGGAAUCAACUGCUGCCUCUCCACAGCCUACAAUGAAUCCUGCUAAUGUUGCUUCUGUUAUACGCCAUUUGGAGCAUUCACAAAAUAGACCAGUUGUUGAACCUCUUGCCUAUUCAAACCGCAGCCCAAACCCUGCUGUUAACCAGGCUGAGAUGCAGCAGUAUGUUUCCCCAUUGGGACGUGACACACAGCCAAUGUUAGUUGCUCCAAAUAAUGGUCCCACUUUUGAGAAAAUGUUCCAACAUGACAUUUCUUCAAAACCCACUAUGCCUCCAACUCAUAGCAAAAAUGCAUUUAUGAAUUACUGGCAUCAAGCUGCUAAUUUGAAUGCUAAGCUCCCUAGGUGUAAUUCUCUUACAAAAGACUCUUUCACCCAGAUGUCAUUACCUCAGCCACCCAAUAAUCACAAUCCAUUUGAGCCGUCAACUGCAUCACUUCAACCAGAAGAAACUCCUGGAAAGAACCCUCCACCACAGCUGAGUUUUCAUCCCUUGAUGCAGAUUCGCAACUCUGUGCCAGUAAAGAACCAUCAGCUGUAUUUCCCUCCAAAUGGAGAAUCUGUGGAUCCUUUUUUUAGGGGCCCAAAAUUAUUUAACACGCACUAGGUGUUCAAUCAAACAAGGAUGCAUUGCUCUCCAGCUCUAAAACAGAUGGUUAUUUGAGGCAUCCAUCCACUGUAGGCUGAGGAAUCUGGAGAGCUGGAAACAGUGUGAACUAAUAAUAAAAGUGUUUGAGUGGGAAAA